AUGAUGGAGGUUUUAACAACAACAACAACAACCGCCACAAACACUACUCCUUUAACAACAAUUUCAAAACAAUCAGAACCGGAUUCAGAAAACCCGACCCGAAUCCAACCCAUUAACACAACAACAACAACCUCAAACAUAACAAAGCCUUUGUCUUUUUCAAAUGGGGUUCUUAAACGCCACCACCCCAACACUCACAACCACCACAGCAACAACAACAACGUUGUUGCUGUUACUUACAAAGAAUGUCUCAAAAACCACGUGGCCACUUUAGGUGGUCACGCACUAGACGGCUGUUGUGAGUUCAUGCCGUCACCAACCGCCACCUCCGACGACCCCGCUUCCAUAAAAUGCGCCGCUUGUGGAUGUCACCGGAAUUUCCACCGCCGUGAACCAGAAGAACCGAUUUCCACCGUUUUUGAAUAUCAACCUCACCACCGCCACCACCCACCACCGCCUCCGUUGUUUCAGUCCCGUUCACCAAGCUCCCCGUCUCCACCGCCGAUCUCGUCAUACCCAUCAGCUCCACAUAUGCUCUUAGCACUCUCUGGUGCCGGACUUUCGAUCCCGCCGGAAAACACAGCAGCGCCGUUAAACCUUGGUUCUCCGAUGGGAGCUAGUAGAAAAAGAUUCAGAACGAAAUUCACUCAAGAGCAGAAGGAUAAGAUGCAUGAAUUCGCCGAGAGAGUUGGCUGGAAGAUGCAGAAGAGAGAUGAAGAAAUGGUUAAUGGAUUUUGCAAUGAAGUUGGUGUUGAUAGAAGUGUUCUCAAAGUUUGGAUGCAUAACAAUAAGAACACUUUGGGAAGAAAAUUGUCAGAUCAUGGUAAUGGUGACGGCGUCGCCGUAAGAUCCGCCGUAGACGGUGUCUCCGGUGGCGAUUUUGGUGCUCAUGAGAAUGAUAAUGAUGGGAUUAAUGUUGCUGCUUGUGCUACUAAUGGAUCUUCUUCUUCUUCUUGA